GAGAAGAUUGAGAUUUGGCCCGACUUAUUUCCUCCACGUCGGGUUUGGGUCACUGUUCACGGGGCCGCGUCUCCCUCACCGAUUCCUGAUACCGCUUCUUUGGAAUCCAAGAAUUAUUCCCAAGCAUCUCACCGCUAUGACCGAAUCCUUCGAUUUCGUCGACGCUCAACAGCUAACUGACGAAUUGCGAACCAUGUCUCUCAACCCAGAAGCAGAGGUGGUAAAGCAGAGUGAAGGAGAGGGACAUCAAGUGAAUUGUGAAAUUCAUCAUGGUACUUGUGCUAUUUGUUUAAACAAGAUAGCUCUCCAGGAGACUGCCCUGGUUAAAGGAUGCGAUCAUGCUUACUGCGUGACUUGCAUACUCAGAUGGGCCACUUACAAGGAGAAACCGACGUGCCCCCAGUGUAAGCAUCCGUUUGAAUCCCUCAGCGUUCAUCGCUACCUGGAUGGGAGUAUCCAUGACUAUAUGAUGGAGGAGAGUGUUUGCCUUCUUGUGAGAGCUUCUUGGUUUAAGCCCUUGAUAGUUGAGGAGUCGAAUGAUGAGGUGGAUGACUAUUUUCAUUACGUGGAUGAUGAAGAACAUGAUGAUCUGGAUGAAGUUUAUUAUAAUAACCGUUCUUCAACAAAUCUGCGAAUUGGUAAUAGAAGAUGGGGAGAUAAUGGGUAUGUUAGAGCUGGAAGACAAGAAGCUAGGCCCCCACCCCCAGUUUAUCUUCCUAAAGAAGAUGGAGGUGCUUCUGGCUCAUCACGACAAACCAAAAAUAGAGGAGGAGGUGCGGGGAAAGAGCCGGUGGGUCGGCGGGCCAAGCGAACAAUGAAAAGGGAAGCUGCCAAUAGGGUGGCGUCUGAAAAGGCAUCUGAAGCUUUUGGUCAGGUUAGGUCUCAGGGCCAAGCAAACAAUGAAAAGGGAAGCGGCCAACAGGGUGGCGUCUGAAAAGGCAUCUGAAGCUUUUGGUCAGGUUAGGCCUCAAUGAUUAGCUGAUUGUUCUUGUACAUCUUCGGUUGCUUUCAACUAUUAUAUGGUGAAAUAACAGCAUUCUAGUAGCUCCUCAUGGUUGCUGCAUGAAUUGUAUCAUAAAAAACUCCUCUUUAUCUUUCUUUAAUAACUGUUUCUUUCAACUAACCAAUCUCGUGUAAUUUUUUUUUUACCAUUUGGUUAACAGUAUGAUUCAGAUUUUAUUGCAUAAACUUUUUUAGUUGA